AUGCCAGACACUCUGGAAGUUACUCUAACUGAAGGAAAAAGAACAGUGCAUUCUACAAACACAGACGACGCUGCAGUCCAACUUUCUACUCGUUCGUCUACAGUACAACCAAUUUCUAUAAACACUUCAACGGCACCGGUUCAACAAGUCAGUUCAGUGCCAACAAAUUCUGAAGCCAUGGACAACAAUUUUUCUGUUCAACAAGAGAUUCCAGUGCCAACCAAACCUAAAGCCAUGGAUAGUCAUUUCCAUUUAGACCGCUCACUGUUCAAACUAAAUUUAAACAAGUUCAGCUCUACCCAAGAUUUGAUAAAUGUGUCUGUGGGUUCAAUUCCAAGAAAUGAAGUGGAAGUAGUAGGUGGAAUAGCCAAUUUUUGCGAUCCCAAACACUUUUUGGGAGAUUAUACACAUCUUGGGCAUGGUUUUUCAGCCUCGGUAGGAAUACAUCCACGGAACGUUUCAUCCAUUGACAGUUUACCGUCAAUUCUUUGUAAGUUAGAUCAACAAUUAAAACUUGCCAAUGUUGUGGCUUUGGGUGAAGUAGGAUUGGAUCAUACGGAACCAGAGGAGAAGUGGGAGAACCAAGAGAAGGUGUUGGUAGAAGUUUUAAGUUUGGUCUCAAUCCGGACUCCCGUGAUUCUACAUAUAAGAGAUCAAAGGGACAAAGAACCUGGAGAAUUAUACCGAAGAUGUUUGAAUCUCAUCAAAACUAGUGGGAACACUGCCAGAAAUCAACCUUUUCAUUUACAUUGCUUUACUGGUACAACUGAGACCAUGAGAAGUUGGCUGUCUGAAUUUCCCAAUACUUAUUUUGGGUUUACUGGAAUGGUCUGGUUCUUUGACAAUUAUCAGCAAGCAGCACUGCAGAAAGUACCACAGAAUCGGUUAUUAAUUGAAACGGAUUCUCCAUAUCUGAAAAUGUCAAAAGCUGCAAGUAUGAACAAUCCCAAAUUCAUUGGGGAUGUAGCUGCUGAAAUAGCCAAAUGUCGGAUAUGGUAUGUAGGCCGUUUAUGGACAUGGUGUGUAGCCCGUGUACGGAUAUAG